AUGAGAAGAGUUUUCGUUUUCCGCCCCGGUGAAGAGAAAGGCGUAAUAAUAGAGGACACUUCCAACACGGAGAAUAGGUUGGGGGCUGUGCUGCGAAUUACCCUGGGCAUUACGCUGCCACAUUCGAAGCGGGUGGAGCAUGCCCUACGGAGGGGUCAUCUCCGAGUAUCUGAUUUUCGCUUAGGGAGGAGGAGGCCCCCCGCAGUGGUCCAGACGAGCGCAUGUACGCCCAAAGAGGGGGAAAAAGUCCUUUACCUCGUCAGUCCCAGAGGCUUCUGCAAAGGGGUCAGCAGAGCCAUCGAGACGGUGGAAGAAUGCCUGCGAAUGUUCAAGCCACCAAUCUAUGUGAAGCAUAAAAUCGUGCACAACGAUAUUGUCUGCAGACAGUUAGAAGAAAAGGGAGCAGUCUUUAUCGAAGACUUGAAUGAGGUGCCCGAUGGGAAUAUUUUAAUCUAUUCAGCCCAUGGGAUCAGCCCCCAGAUAAGAGAACUCGCAAAAAAAAAAAACCUCAUCGAAAUUGAUGCCACGUGUCCUCUAGUUAGCAAAGUGCAUGUAUACGUUCAGAUGAAAGCAAAGGAAGGAUACAAAAUUAUUCUGAUCGGUUACAAGAACCACGUGGAGGUAGUGGGUACCUUUAACGAGGCGCCGGACUGUACCUACAUCGUGGAAAAUGUAGCUCAAAUCGAGGAGUUGCCACUCUCGGAGAAGGACAAACUUUUUUAUGUGACCCAGACGACGUUAAGUAUGGAUGACUGUUCUUUAAUUGUGAAGCGACUAAAGGAGAAGUUCCCCCACAUUGAGACUAUUCCGAGUGGAUCCAUAUGCUAUGCCACUACGAACAGACAAAUGGCACUGAAUCAGAUUUGUCCCGAGUGCGAUCUUACUAUCGUCGUUGGAAGUCAGUCAUCGUCAAAUGCGAAAAAGUUAGUUUACUCGUCGCAGCUGCGAAACACUCCUGCUGUGUUGGUGAACAGUGUAGACGAUUUUGAUUUUUCCUCCCUGCGAGAUGUUAGGAAAAUCGCUUUGACCUCCGCUGCUUCCACUCCAGAGGAACUAACACAGAAGUUUGUUGAUGUGCUUACGAAGGAGCCCUUCGGGUACACGUUGCGCCCAUUCGAACCUAUACAGGAGAACGUCCCCAAGUGGAAACUGCCGAAAAAUUUGAUGGGCCUCAUCGAGGAGCGCAAGAGCGAGCAAGGCACGCAGAGCUGA